UGUGCAAGAACAUCCUCUUCCUCUUUUGUAUUGGCUGUCAUCAUCCUGGCCUUUAGCCUGCUCUGUCCCAUGGGUGUGUCCCACAGUGUGAACUGUGUCACCAUUUCUGUGUUCUGUUUCUGUGAAGAUCUGGCAUGAGACACUGCCAUGGUCCUUGGAGCUGCUCUUCUUGGACUUGUGUUUUUAAUGGUUCAGAAGAUCUGGGCACAGCAUGGGCCAUCACCCCAGCCUUCCAUCUGGGUUGUUCCAGGAACUGUGGUUUCCAAAGGUAGUGAUGUGACCAUUUUCUGCAGGACCCUUCCAGGAGUGCCCACUGUGCGUCUAGCCCGUCUUGCACCCAGUACUGUGUGGUAUGAUGGUACCCCACAGGGAGCCCAGGAGGUGUUUGAAUUCAGUCUGCAGAAUAUAACACAGAGUAAUGCUGGGGUUUACUUCUGUGCAUACUUUAAUGGAAGUCAAUGGUCACGAAAUAGUAACAAGCUGGAACUGGUGAUGACAGGUAUUUAUAAUUCGAAGCCAUUCCUUACUGUUGAUUCAGGACCUCAGGGAAUCUCAGAAAGAAAUGUGACUCUCCUCUGUCACACACAUCAUUCCUUUGACAUCUUCAUCUCUGCAGAGGUGGAAAUGACUCCUUUCCCCAGAGCCUGCUCACAUCAGGACCACAGCGCAUCCCCAUCUCCCCUGUGAGCCCAGGGCACAGGAGCACCUACAGAUGCUUUGGCUCUCACAAACACAGUUCCUACUUGUGGUCACUGCCUAGUGAUCCGCUGAGUUUUCAA